GUCGUCGUAGAACCGCACCUCACCGAUCCACCACGUCCAUACAGCCCCCUCACCCUUGCCCGCCACGGUGGGUGAAUCGUCUCCAGAAAGAAGAGACUUGAGCUCCCGACGCCUCGUGGGGCCGGCUCCGGGUUUCUGUCCCUCUGUUGAAGUGGUUGAGGAAGGGUAGCCAUGUCCGACCGCAAGGCGGUGAUCAAGAACGCGGACAUGUCGGAGGAGAUGCAGCAGGACUCGGUGGAGUGCGCCACUCAGGCCCUGGAGAAGUAUAACAUCGAGAAGGACAUCGCGGCCCACAUCAAGAAGGAGUUCGACAAGAAGUACAACCCGACCUGGCACUGCAUCGUGGGGAGGAAUUUCGGCAGUUACGUGACGCAUGAGACGAAGCACUUCAUCUACUUCUACAUGGGCCAGGUGGCCAUCCUCCUGUUCAAGUCUGGUUAGAGCACGGACUGUGUCAGCGCCUCCUCAGCCAUCCAUCCCCAUCACAAGGACUGCAACCUAAAUUCCAAAUACCAGAGACUAAACCUUCAGCCUGGCCAUGGGAACACCACAAUCGUUAAGCCUUUAUUGUGUUGUUGUUGUAUAGG